AUGUACUAUGAGUUCCGAAAUAAACUCAGUGUAACUGAAUGCAACAAGAAAAUGCGUGAAAGUUUAGGUUUCAAUACUGUUUCUUAUGAUACAGUAAAAGUUUGGUUUCGAAAGUUUAAUAGUGGAAAUUUCAGCAUUGAAGAUGAACCACGUUCUGGCCGCCCUAUUGAGAUUGAUUGUGACCAAUUAAAGCAAAUUAUUGAUCAAGACGGAAAUGUUUCAACACGAACCAUUGCGUUUGAGCUUGACGUUAACCGCUGGGUGCCUCACGAAUUGACUGCUGAAGACAAGAGCAAAAGAAAAGCGGCCUGUUUGGUUCUGCUCAGAGAUCAAAGGAAAGAGAACAUUCUGGGCAGAAUUGUGACCUGUGAUGAAUAA